AUGGCGUCGUCCUCGUACUCUCCCUCCAAAUUGUUACGACGGCGGGCAAUAAUAAUAGUUGUUGUUUGUGGGUGCUUAUUACCUAGCCAUGUAACGGCGGCGAAGUGUAGCGUUCACAUCCCAAAGCUGGAUCCCAACUACCCUUCUUAUGUAGCCGCGGUUCUCACCACGCUGGUCGAUCAAACUCCAGCGCAGAUCACAGCAGCAACGCGCUCCUCCUACCAAACCUGGUCUCCAGAUGAAGAGGCCGGCUCCGUCAAGGGCAUCGCCACUUGCUUUACGACCGACGCCACGCGAUGUUCUGACUGUCUCAAUUUCGCAGCAUCCGCAUUGGCCUCUUGCGUCUCUACGUACGGAUCCAGCCGUGAACACGACUGUCUCAUCCAGUUCUGGCGAAUCAAUCACUAG